GUAAGCGUUUACCUCAUCGAGCAACUUCCCCAACACUGUAUGUCUUUUAUAAACCGCGAACGCCAUUUACCAAAUUUUAAAUCGCUUUUCAUUCGAGUUGACAGGUGUAAUUUGACCUUCGUCGGGUGCCGUAGUGAAGUGUUUAUACGCAAUCCCCUUUGGAGACGGACGAAACCUCAAGAUGAGGGAGCCUAGUGGUAAAAUAGAGCUUAAAUGAACAUACCAUUCAUUUCCUUUUAUUCGGACCUUUGUCAGCGUAUUAAAAGAACCCGAUUAUAUUAGUUUCUUCCCCGAAAUGUCAGCUGAGGUAAAGACGAAGAAGUUUGUGGUCGUCGGCGGUGGCAUUGCUGGUGUAACGUGUGCUGAACAGCUUGCGUCACAGUUUCCGUCGGAUGAGAUCGUUCUCAUCACCGCCGCUCCCUUAAUAAAGGCGGUUACCAACUUCAAACAGAUCUCCAGAACGCUCGAAGAUUUUAAUGUUGAAGAACAGCCAAUCAGUGUCUUAGAAGAAAAAUAUCCAAACUUGAAAGUGGUCCAGUCUGCUGUAAGAAAACUACAAGGAGCGCAGCAUACACUACAGACCGAAGAUGGCAGAGAGUUCCACUAUGACAAACUGUGUAUCUGCAGCGGGGGGCGGCCCAAGCUGCUGACUGAGGACAACCCCUAUGUGCUGGGCAUCAGAGAUACCGACAGUGCCCAGGAUUUUCAGAAGCGUUUGUCAAAAGCAAAACGAAUAAUUGUUGUCGGAAAUGGAGGAAUUGCUUUGGAGCUCGUGUACGAGGUGGAGGGCUGUGAGGUCAUUUGGGUGAUCAAGGACAAAGCCAUUGGGAAUACCUUCUUCGAUGGUGGUGCCGCGCAGUUCCUCAUCCCCUCUUUGCAGGCGGACAAGGCAGAACGGGCUGGCCCCUGCAAGAGGACCCGCUACACCACCGAGGACGCCUCACCCACGUACAGCCGUGCAGCCGACAAGUCAGUGACCGAAGCUUCACACGAAGGUGUUCGAGAAGAGCGAUCCAUUCCAAGCACGGGCAGUGCUCUAGGGCCAGACUGGCAUGCAGAUAUGACGCUCCAGGGAGCCCAGCAGGUGUCCCACAAAGUCCAUGUUGAGUACCGGUGUGAGGUGCAGAUGAUCUACACCUCUGAGGAGCACCUACUGCGAGCAUCGGGACAGUCACCUGAGACCGGCUGCAUGCCGCCGGCAGACUCGGGCCCGUGGCCGGUGUUUGUCCAGUUGAAAAAUGGCAAGACCUACGGCUGUGACUUCAUCGUCAGCGCCACAGGGGUCAUCCCAAACACAGGACCGUUUCUCAGUGGCAACAGUUUUGUAUUGGCGGAGGACCUUGGCCUCAGUGUGGAUGACCACAUGCGCACAUCAGUGGCAAAUGUGUAUGCAGCUGGGGACGUUUGCACGGCAUGCUGGGAGACCAGUGCUUUGUGGCAACAGAUGCGUUUGUGGACGCAGGCCCGGCAGAUGGGCUGGCAUGCGGCUCGGUGUAUCGCGGCAGACGUCCUGGAUGAGCCCAUCGAUCUGGACUUCUGCUUUGAACUCUUCACUCACAUCACUAAGUUCUUCAACUACAAGGUAGUGCUCCUGGGGAAGUUCAACGCCCAGGGCCUGGGCCAGGACCACGAGCUGCUGGUGCGCUGCUCCCCCGGCGCCGAGUACGUGAAGGUGGUGCUGGCCGAGGGCCGCAUGGUAGGCGCCGUGCUCAUCGGGGAAACGGACCUGGAGGAGACCUUUGAGAACCUCAUGCUGAACCGCAUGGACCUGACGGCCUACAAAGAUGAGCUGCUCAACCCCAACAUCGACAUCGAGGACUAUUUUGACUGAUGUUGUGCCCAUUGCAUGAUGACCGCUAAUUCUUGUGCAUUAAUUUGGACAUUUCACUCUGGUUUCAGAGAGGAGGAAAAUUUGAUAAAUGACAUUCUUAUUUACAUAAUCAUUUGACAUGUACAUGGGAAAAACAAAUUUUAUUCACAAAUUAGCAAUUUAGGAUUGGGUUUAACAGAAAAUCAAGAGGAUUUCAGACUCAGUUGUGCAUCAGGAACAAUGGACAGUGUAUUACUAUUAUUAUUCUGGAGCAGUGCAAGAAAAAAGGCAAAUAAAUAGGGAUAAAGAUUG